GAGAUCUCAGGAGGAGGCUGCAGGUCAGAACAAGACGCUUGCUGAUUGGACUGAUUUUAACCAGGAGAACAGAGAUCAGCAUGGAUGAUCCAUUUGAUUCAUAUCCAGAAAUGGAAGAAAUGAAAGAAAUUAGAGAAGAGCUGCAAAACAACAGGCCUACCUCAGCAGCUGCAAAGAUCCAGGAGCAUAUGAAGCAGCAGAAUAAUAUUCCAUUAAAUAUUGGCAUCACAGGGGAGUCUGGCUCUGGUAAAUCCACCUUUGUUAAUGCCUUUAGAGGCAUAGACAACAGAGAUGUGAAGGCCGCUCCUACUGGUUGUGUAGAAACCACCUCAGAUGUUACACCAUACCCCCAUCCAAACUAUCCCAAUGUCACGUUGUGGGAUCUCCCUGGCAUUGGAACCACCAGCUUUCCAGCUGACAAGUACCUGCAGCAUGUUGGAUUUGAGAGGUUCGACUUCUUCAUCAUCAUCUCAGCUGAUCGCUUCAGAGAAAAUGAUGUGAAACUCGCUCAGGAGAUUCAGAGGAUGGAGAAAAAGUUCUACUUUGUUCGCUCAAAGAUCGACCAGGACUUACGUAAUGCAGAAAGAAGUAAGAGGGAUUUCAAUGCAGAAAUGACUCUGACACAGAUCAGGGAAAACUGCAUUCAAGUACUGAAGAGUCAAAAAGAACUGGGCAGCCCAAGGUGUUGAGUCUUCCUGGUGUCCAGCUCUGAGCUCCACCUGCAUGAUUUCCAUCUGUUAGAGGAGACUCUAGAGAGAGAACUUCCUGCUCACAAGAGGAACGCUCUGCUGCUCGCCAUGACCAAUAUCAGCCGUGAGAUCAUCGACAAGAAGAAAGAGAUUUUACAGUCAACUGUAAAGUACUACGCCUCUCUGUCUGCACUCGGAGCAUUUGCACUAGUCCCUGGGCUCUCUGUUGCUGUUGAUCUAACCAUUCUGAUUAAAGCCAUCAAAAGGUACCAAGUUACUUUUGGUCUUGAUAGCAAGUCACUGCAGAAUCUUGCUUUUAGUGCAGAUGUGCCUUUGGCUGAUCUCAAAGUAGUGAUGACAUCACCACUGGCUGCAGUAGAAAUAACUCAAGAUCUUGUCAUCAAGGUAUUUUUAUUAUCAGCAAGCGAAGCUGCAUUUAUGGCAGCAGAGGAAGGAUCCAGAUUCAUUCCAAUAAUUGGAAUCCCAAUAGCAAUGGGCCUCUCUUUUACCUCCAUCUACAGAGUGCUCAGUACUUCCCUCAACAUGCUUGCUGAGGAUGCACAGAAAGUAUUUACAAGGGCCCUGGGUUUAAAUACCACAGUGUGA